AUGAGCGACGAAAGGGAACACACCGAUAUCUCCAUGCUUGCCCCACCACCAGCAGUCGCACAGCCCACACAAGUCCACUUGACCCCAUCACCCAGUCUUGACAGGAACCUGACUUUCCAACUUGAACAGGGUCACCAACGUGGCCGCUCUUACCUCGGCAGACAGCAUGGCGGCUCCAACCCAGGAUCAAGAGCCAACUCUCGCUCACGUACAUCCAGACCCAACUCCAAGCCAAGAUCAAGGCCAGGAUCAAGACCAGGAUCCCGCCCAGUCUCAUGGCUGGUCUCUGCCAACUCGGACUACACCUCGAUGUACGAGAACUAUGGAGGAUACCGCUCUCGCAGGACCUCGGAUAUUGAUGAAGACGACAUUGCCUCAGCGAUAGAGAAGGGUGCUGGUGGCAAGAUGUCGCGGUCAUCUUCGCGUGCCCCCACAGUGGACGAGAAGGACAGACCCUUGGACCCUACUCGCCCUGGCAUUGUCUCUCAGCAUCCCCAUAAUGCCGGUACAUUGAUCCAUGAGGAUGACAGCAGUGUCGAUUCGAACGACGAGCCUCCUCGUGGCAACGUGUCAGCUCUCAGGGCCAGCUUGCUGCUUUUAAAGGCCUUUGUCGGCACAGGAGUCCUUUUCUUGCCCAAUGCCUUUAGGAACGGUGGCCUUUUGUUCUCAUGCAUCACUCUUGCGGUUGUCGCCUUCAUUUGCUGUUUCGCAUUCCUGCUCCUGGUCAAAGUCCGUCUCACCGUGCGGGAGAACUUUCAGGACAUGGGCUUUGUUCUGUACGGCAAGUGGAUGAGACUCACGGUCCUGUGGGCGGUAACUCUUUCUCAGAUGGGUUUCGUGUGUGCCUACCUGAUCUUUGUCUCCCAGAACCUGUUCGCAGUCGUCCAGACGUUCACCAAGUGUCAGUUUACAGGAAUUCAGGAAAAGUUUUACAUCUUGAUCCCCUUGGUCGUCUUGAUCCCCCUGGUCUUGAUCCGUCGCAUGGCUAUCCUUUCCUUGCCCAGUAUGCUCGCCAACGUGUUCAUUAUCUUUGGUAUCGUCUACCUCUGGUACUUUUCGAUCGACAGUCUGGCGCAGCAUGGCAUGGGUCCCGAGAUCCAAAUGUUUAACAGUGAGAGCUUUGCCCUGUUCUUGGGUACCGCUGUCUUUUCCUAUGAGGGUAUUGGUCUGAUCAUUCCUAUCACCGAGUCCAUGGCCGAGCCCGAAAAGUUCCCUCGCGUUCUUGCUACCACUAUGACUAUCGUAACCUGCAUUUUCGCCAGCGUGGGCGCCCUCUGCUAUUCCGCCUUUGGCAGCAAUGUCCAGACCAUCGUUCUCAUGAACCUCCCCGUCACUGGCGGCAUGACCAUCACGGUCGAGAUCCUUUACUCGUGCGCCAUCAUCCUCUCGGUCCCUCUUAUGUUGUCUCCAGCUUCGAAGAUCGUUGAGAACGCCUGGUGGGGUGAAAAGUCUGGCGGCCGUAGCUUGAAGGUCAAGAUGCAGAAGAACGCUGUCCGCACCCUCUUGAUCUUGAUCUGCGCCUUUGUCGCCUUUGGAGUUGGUGGCCCUUCCUUGGAUAUCUUUGUCUCGCUCAUCGGAAGCGUGGCCUGCAUGCCCCUCUGCUUCAUCUUCCCAGCCUUGUUCCAUUACAAGGCAUGUGCCAAGACCUGGAAGACCAAGGCUAUGGAUAUUGCUCUUGGAGUGCUUGGUGUCGUUGCCAUGAUCUUCACCCUCUACAUUACUAUUCACUCCUGGAUCGACCCCGCCGAGCCCCAUCCUGAGUUGGACCGGUGCGUUGCCUUUACUCAGUAG